CCUUCAAUUCGUCACCAACGAAUGGUGGCAGAGACGGGCAUGGCGACGAGGGCAUUUGACCAAUCAGAGACUCAAAGGCGGUGCGCCUGAACUGGGACUGCUGGGUUUUGAAGUUCUUAAGGCGUGGUUGUGGAAGUGAACGGGAUUCUGUUCCUCUUUUUCUGACUAGAUAAACUACAAUCCCCAGCAGGCGUCACGGCUUACGGUCUCCCCACCCACCCCACCCUCGUUCCCCGACGUCCUCGCGCUCUUGCGGCUUGCUGGGGCUGUUGCUGAAUUCUCUGCAAGAUACAGGGCUUAGGCAAUAGGAAUUGCAGACAGGAGGCUGCUACGCAGACACCGAGCCGUUGUCGUGCGUGGCAGCCCUUGGCAACAAAUAGCAAGACCUUCAUAGAGAAGCUUCUGCUCCAAUAGGAGAGACAUCUUCCUCCCAUCACUACCCCCAAAUCUCCUGGAAGAAGGAGCCUUCCUGAACCCGGUGCUAACCUGGAGGAGACAGAGAACUCUGGGAACCCCUUCAGCCCCAGUAUACCACCUGAGCCCCCUGACUCUGGUGGCUGUCGGCUCCUGACCCCUGGGAUGGAUAGCCCAUCAGAAUGGAAAGAGCCGGCAAAACCCAGCAAUGGCAGCAAUGAAUCGAAUGGAACAUCCCAAGCCAAGAGCCCAGAUUGUGGCUCUGCUGAGGCAUUGGGUCGAAGGAAGCACAGGCGGAGGUCCUCAAAACGCAAAAGGCAUGGAUGGCGGCCCUACCUGGAACUGAGCUGGGCCGAGAAGCAGCAAAGAGAUGAGCAGCAGAGCCAGCGGGCCUCCAGGGUUCGAGAGGAGAUGUUUGCCAAGGGGCAGGCUGUAGCACCCUACAAUACCACUCAGUUCCUGAUGGAUGACCAUGACCUUGAGGAGCCAGACCUAGGGAACCCCCAGGGAGCCCCCCACCAGGGUUCUGGAUGGGAGGAGGAAGAUGGGGGGACUGGGGACAUUGAUGGGAGAGGGAAAGCUCAGGGAGAGUUUCUCCAGAGAGACUUCUCAGAAACCUAUGAGCACUACCACGUAGAGAGCCUGCAGGGCCGGAGUAAGCAGGAACUGGUGCGGGACUACUUGGAGCUGGAGAAGCGGCUUUCGCGAGCCGAGGAGGAGACACGGAGGCUGCAGCAGCAGCGGAACCCCCUGGGCCCGCACCCCUGUGAGCGGGCCCAGGAACUGGCAGCUGAAGUGGAACGCCUGAAGAUGGAGAACCAGAGGCUUCGCCGGGAGAAUGAGAUGUGGGGCCGAGAAGGCAAUGGACCUGGAGAGAACCCAGGCUCCUAACCCCCCCAGGGUGGACUCAGAGGGAGGGAGAAGAAGCUGCCCAGCACUGUGGCCCAGGGGUGCCCCCCUCCGGCACACUCUGGAGCUCAAGGCCUGGGUCUGGACAGGGACCGUUGGGAGCAGAGUUCCAGGUUUGAACUUCUCCUUCUUUUUCCAGCAUGCUGCCCCACCCAGAGUCGAAGUUCCAUGAAGACAAGUUAAGUUUGUUUUCUUGCUGUCCCUUGUUCUGUUUUUUUUUUUUUUUUUUUUUUUUUUUUUUUCUGUAGUAAAAUUAAAGUGUCUUGAUGAGGGCAAAGAGCAGUUGGGUAGAAAUUGCACCAUAGACUCUGCUGGGACCCUCCAGAUAGCCUUGUGUGAUGGAGACAUCUUUAGGGUUGGGUCAUCGGGGGAGUGCUUUGUUUCCUCCAUGGGAAGGAGCAGAAUGUGAAAGCAUACCCAGACCCAACUUGUCAACCUCCAGGUGGGAUGAGAAUUGUUCUACUGGGACCCCACCUCAGUCCCCAAGGAGGUCUGGCUUUCUCUGAGCUAAUGGAUACUUGGGCUAAGACUUAUUGAAUGGGACUUAGGACCAGAAUCACUUCUUUCUUAGGUGAUGGAGAGAAACCCAGGUAAUGAUCUACUCCAUCCAUUCCCCUAGUGUUCCUUCAAGAAAAUGAGGCUGAUAUCAGAACCUUUGCACUAUGCAAUGAUAAUAAUAAUAUCUAGCAUUUAGAGAGUGCUUAUUUUGUGUCAAGCACUGUACUAAGUACUUUACAAAUAUUGCCUUAUUAAUUCAUCACAAUAAUCCCGGGAGGUAGGUGCUAUUUAAUAUUUAAAUCCAAUUUAAUGAUAAAAAUUUUGUGGCAAGCAGUGGUUAAAUGACUUUCCCUCAGUCACUUAGCUAGUAAGUGUCUGAGUUAGGAGUUGAAUUUCAGGUCUUCCUAACCCCAGACUUACUAUUUACCAUGCCACCUAGCUGCCAGCUAUGCAAAGAGAGAUUAGAAUAAACUGAGUAACCUGGACUUCCUUGCUUGCCUUCCCCUUACCAUUUGGAGAUUACAGGUAUAUUCCAUCCCUUGUCUUUUGACAUGCUUUUUAAAUAUAGGUCCCUAGGAAAUUAGGGAAGCCCUAGAAAAGGUGGUCUACUCUACAGAAGUAGAAAGAGGUGACAAUUACCCCUUAAGUCAAUUGGCAAACAUUGAUUAAAUGCCUACUGUGUGACAGGCAUGGGGAUGCAAAUACAUUCAAUGAAACGUUCUCUUCUGGCAAAGAUGCUGAGAUUUUAAUGGGGAAGAUCCUUGGUACGAACUUAUAUGGGGAUCAUUCCAUUCACAGUUGAAUGGGCAGCAUUGGACUACAUGCUAUUUUUAUCAUCUCCAUAAUCGGUCCUGAUCACCUUGUCUGAAUUAGUGCACAUAAUUGAGAGGAAUGGGAGGGAACAGUGAGGUUAUGGUCGGGUCUGUUCCUUGGGUGGAACUUGAUUGUUGGCUCAGGACAGAAGAGCAGCAAAAACAAGGUCUGCUUUUUACCUUUGAGAUCAGCCCCUCCUGGCAGAGCCCUCCCUUUCAGGAUCAGGCUAUUCUGGAUUAGAGGGAUGGCCAUGAGAUUGAAAGCUGGCAGGGGCACUAAAUCCAGUACUCUCAUUUUAUAGAUCAGGAAACUGAAGCCCACCUGGGUUUAAAUGAUUUGCCUGAGAUCACAAGGCUUGUAAGUGCUAUCAGGAUUUGAACCCCAAUCUGCUGGUAACUCAAUCACAUGCUUUCCACUGUACUACUUCCACUCCUGUCUAGUUGUUCCUUUAAGACCUAUUGUAGUAAUCCUUUCAGAAUGAGCAAUCAGCCUAUUCCCAAAAAAAGGGCCGAAGGUUUACUUUAACUCUUGUUCUAGCCAAAGCAGGAGAUUGACCCAGUUCCAUACCCUGAACCCCCCAGAUAAACUCUGGAGAGACCUGCCUUCUCCUGAAGGUAAUUAGGGAGACUGUAUUGGGCAAGAGACAGCUCAGAAAAGGGAGAUAAUUGGAAUUGCUGACGAGUCAGUGGGUCAUCUGGUGCUGAGUCACCCAGCACUUAGACACUGGUGCUCUGCUACCUACCUGGGACAGUUUUCAGGAUGGUGCACUGACCUGGUGGCAGAUCCUCUCACUGGAGACCAGAGCAUCAAAGGUCAUUCUCUCUGGGUUCUCCAGACAAAGCAAAGCUGUACCCUUGGGAAGAAAUGCUGGGGAAAUAUAUAUUCUCCCUUUGUUCUGUGGCCAUACCUAAACAGGGGACUUUACAGAGGAAAGAAGGUGGAGGAAGAAGCUAUCCCUGAGGAGGUGGGGAUGGAGACUUGACUUUGGGCACUGAGGAAGUCUGAUAGAGGUAGGGACUGAAUGGCAGAACAGUCUUUACCCUGAAGGAAUUAUGGUUGAAAGAAUUGGCUGAAGCUAGGAAGGGAGAGAGUAGGGGAAUUAACAGGGGAUUUAGGUGAGUGUUUAUGAGGUAUUAGAAAAGGGCUGUAGAUUAAGAUGAGUGGGAUGGAAGUGGAGCUGAAGGGUAACUAGACAGGACCCCAGCCCCUAUCUAAGUAAGAUGUCGUAGGGAUUAAAUUGUGCUCUUUAAAAGGAAAGCUUUCAUUAGCAUUGGAGGAGGAAAGGUGAGUUGUUUGGUCCUUAGCAGGGUAGCCAAGGUUACAGGAAAGGAGGGACCAGCUUGUUCUUUCUCUGCCUCCCACCUCCAGGCCCACACAAACACUUACCUUCCUUCUCUCUAGCUUCCUGAAACAACCCCAUUGGGAAGGUGGUUAAAGUCCCCCCCCUCCCACCUACAUGCAGCAGCAGAGGCCAUUGCUAGACUCUUUUUAACCUGCUUGUCUUCCUUUGAAGGAAGACCAGCUAAGGGAGGUCCCUUCCUGACCAGGAGACUAGCAGACAUCCCCAUGCCUAAGUACUCCUCUGACAUGGACCAAGCUGGCUUGCCCUGUUCUCAGUUCUCCCAGGGUUGAAGGGGAGCAGAAAUGAUAUUUGACAGAUUUCCUUCCAGGAACCUGAUUUUAGGGGGCUAGGCCACCAGAAUUCAGUGUGUGUGUGGGGGAGGGCUUCUCUAGAAAAAAAAACUUGGGCAUUGAAGGAUCCUAUAGAUUAUUAGUAUUGUUAUUAACCUGGACUCUACUAUCUAUUGACAGAUUUUUUAGGGGGGUGCUUAUAAACUUGGAUGGGAUUACAUUUUAUUUUUUCCUUCCAUCAUUAUUUAAAAACAUUUUGUGAAGAGGUCCAUGGUCAAUGAUAAUACAAGAUUGGAAGAUAGGUAAGGGAGGCUAUGAGAAGAGAGGGGUUUUUUUGUUCAACACUUUCUUCAUUUUAGAGACAUGAGAUUAUCAUUCCACUAAACUAGCAGAGAUGAGUACUCUGAGAGAACAUUUAACACCCACCACUGUGAAGAUGACCGGAUGAUGGCUUUUUUUUAAUGUUUAACUAGCUGCUCCAUAGGUGGGGAAAUGUAAAUCAGCCCUCAUAAAUGCAAAGAAAAGCUUUGUAAGCUGAAAUUGGGGUUUAAAUGAAACUCCUUAUAAAGUCUAGCUGGUUAAGCAUAGCUCAGAUUAAAACUGCAACCUACUCAUACACCUCUUUGGGGUUUUGAAAAACUCUCUGCUAUGCAGGAACUUCCAUCCUCACAGCAAGACUGAGAAAGCUAAGUGACUUUGUCCAGAGUCACACAUCUAAGUCUGACAUGGAAUGUGAACUUAGGUCUUCCUGAUUCCAGGAGCAGUGUGGUCUUUUUAUUCCAUCAGGGGAUCUGAACUACAAUUCUGGUUUUCAGUUGGCCCCCAUCCCUCCGCCCCACUCCCUCUUCCUAUUCCCUCUUUCCUAUUCCAGCUCCCUAAAAACCAACCAUUGUUCUAGUCUCAGGCAAUGUAUUGAAGACCCAGAGCCCUAACCUCUUUCAGCAAAAUAACUUAUUGAGGAGAGGCCAGGGAAAUCCCAUAGAGUUGGGAGAUCUCAUUUUUUUCCCCCUUUCUGACCCAUUGCCCUUUCCAGAGAGAGUCUCUACCAUCCAAGUGGCUGCCCUUCUCAGCCUUUAAUUGGGAAGUAUGGAGAUGCAAAACAAGAGAACCCCCAUGAUAUUUACUGGUGGUGUGCCCCUCAUUUAUUUUUGUGGGUCUUAGACCUGUAUUAUACUUGGAUAUAAAAUUACAGGGUUGAUGUCAGAUCUCAAGGACUAAAGUCCAGGCCAAAAGAUUCCUGAAUUUUGAGAAGCUCCCAAACAAAAAUCACUCUGCUCUAGAAGUUCAACAGAAAUGGGGGUGGAGGGAAGGAGAGACCCCCUGGGUACUCCACCGGGAAUAAAGUGCUUACAAAGAGAUAAAAGAGGGUUGAAAGGGAAGCAAGGGCAGUAAUGGUGGAAAGCAAAAAGGAGACCGUCUUGCCUCCCUGGGAGGAAUAUCUGAAGAAGGACUGUGGGCAUGUGGAGGCAGGUGUGUGAAUGCUUAGACACGGGCACUUGUGCACACACUUGUCCAUGCCAAGUGUGACCAUGCAGGGCACUGGCCCUUUAAGUGGGGGUGCCAGGAACAGGCCUGCCUUUUGCCACAAAUCCAGGGCAUACUGGGCAUGUGCAAGAGAGCCUUAGUCCUGGUGGGGAGGGAGGCAAAUGGGUUCUGUGGGCUGCCAGUCCUGACUUCCCCCACCCCCUAGCCUUCUACCUUCCUGCCUGGCUGAAAAGGCUGAUGCCCUUUUCUCCUCCCAGAUUCCAGGGCCCCAGCUCUGCCCACCAGUGAUCCAGAAACCGUCUUGGAUUUGGGGGCAGUGAGAUCUCUGAUCCAUCAAGGACCUGAGAGGAGGCAGCUGCCCAGGAGAGGGACCUCUGCCCUCCAGUUUUGGGGGGCUGUGGAGCUGCACCCAGGCGAGCUCCUUCCCCCUGGCAGCCCCUUGCCCCAGGCACAUGUAGCACAUGGAAUUCAUGUACAGGGCCACCUGCCUGAGCACAUGCUGCUUCUCCUAGGAGUGGGGGAGGGGGCCGCCUCCUUUUCUGCUUUUUUUUCUCCUCUAGUCAGUAAAAUGACGUUAGGAGAGGCAAACCUAUCUGUCAGCACCAAAGCUAAAGAGGCAUGGCCCUUAUUUCCCUCCCCUCCCCGCCCCCCAGUACCAUGGGGAGCUUCCACUCUAGGGGAACGGUGACAGACAAAAAAUGACGGGGGCGGCCGGAGCUCUGCUGCAGGAAUCAUCUUCCCAGAACAGCCCUCCUCAUCAUGUUUCUCUCCAGUAAAGAACCCACUGCAGCUCCUUACUAGAGACUGCUCAAUGGCCCUACUAAUGUCUUCUCCCAGCCCUCCUGGACCCUAAUUUCCAUGUGUGGGCCAUUUCUUUCCUUAGCCAAACCUGUCCCCAUCCAUCACCCAGCUGCUGAGCUUUCCCUUGUGCUAACCCCCCACAUUCCUCCCUCCACCUUCUCCCCUACCAUCUCUUCCGUGCCAGCUCUAGAACCUGCAUACCAAAGGCUGAAGGGACCUUUGAGGUUUUAAGUAAAUAUUUCAUUAUCAGCUCAGUCAAACCAAGAACCCCCCACACACACCCCCACACACACUCUUCUGCCACUUCCCUGUCCCUCCUUCCCCCAUCCUGGGACUCCUAUUGCAUUUCUUUUGCUUAGCCUGGCAUUUGAUCCUGGCAUAGGAGCUGUGUGCCAUGGUAAACAGGCACCCCAGGAGUCAGGGGUGGGGGGGAGGAGGCCGUCGUUUGAGAAGGGAGUGGGGAGAGGGGCUCUGCUCUCUAGCCUGACCCAGCCUAGUCUCCAUCUCUGUCCUGCACCUAACAGCUGCGGCUUCCUGGCCUUUGAUGUUGGGGAACCUUCCUUCUCCUCCAUGGUCCCCUCCUUUCUUCCUGGGGUCCUCCUAGGACCAGAGAGCUUGAUGUACUUUUUAAUUAGUGGGAGCAACAGCCCGAGGCACAAUGGCCUUAGUAGGUGGAGGGCUGGAUUGAGUUGGAGUCAGAAGACCUAGCCAAACUCGCUAGCUAGAUGGCCUCCCCCCACCCCCCCAUGCACCAGGUGUUCUUUUUUCUGACCUUAAGCUCCCUCACCUGUGAAAUAGGGACAAUUAUGCCCCAGGUGUGGAAAAUGGCUUUGUCCAUCUUGAGUUUCCAUGGCAGUGUGAACCAUUGCAAGGAUUUCUUUUUACCAGUCCGGGCUCAGUACGGGUCUUCAAAUCAACCAGCUUUUAUUAAGUACCUACUAUGUGCCAGAGAUCUGAUAGAGAAAUGGCAGACCCCUCCGCAUCUUUGCCCAGAACACCCCCCAGAUGCGGCCACAGAGUCAGAUUGAACAUGUACCAGCACCGGGCUAAGUACUGGGGAAUUCAAAGAAAGGUUAAAGACAUUCCCUUGAUCUCCGAGAGGUCAUGGUCUAAUGGGGGAGGCAACAUAUAAACAGCCAUGUUGAAACAAGUCAUUCAAAAUCAUUUGGAGCUAAUCAACACAGGGAAGGCACAGGCACUUGGGGGACUGGGGAAGGAUUCCAGCUUUGAUGGGAAGGAAGUCCAGAGGCAGGGGUAGGGGCUAGGGGGCUUGGGAGAGUUUAGAAAAGGACACUGCAUUGGGAGUCGGGGCAGAUGUAGGGUGUCAGAAAGGAGCAUUUAGGUAAGGCCUGCUACGUGCCAGGCUCUGUGCCUUUACCAAGAUUGCCUCAUCGGGUCAUCACCACAACCCUGGGGGGCAGGGGCUGUUCUUAUCCCUGUUUUACAGUUGAGGAAACUGAGGUUAAGUGACUUGCCAUGUUCCUGUAGUUAGCAGAUGUCUGAGGCCACAUUUGAACUCAGAUUCCGGGCCUAGGUCUGUUCAAUGAAUCUUGAGUUGCCUCCUUAAGGUAAGAGGGGACAAGGAUAUGGAGGGUUUUUAAAACCAGAGGAUUUUACAUUUGAUCUUGGAAAUGACAGGGAGCCACUGAAGUGUACAGUGCGGGGAGAGACCUCCAGCGGAAGCCCAGUUCUGGGUAAAUUGCUUAAGCCCCCAGGGGCCCGAUCUCCUCACCUGUAAAGUAAAGGUUUUCUCUGAUCUUUCCUUACUAGUGCAUUUGGGGGGAGGGAUGGAGGUGGGGGGCUAUGGGCCGUUUGCAUAAAUUUGCAUUGCAUUCCUUUUUCUGGGGAUUUUAUCAUUGGUAUUCUACCCAAGCUGAUCUACACACAACCUGUUUGUACGUAUGUGUGUACUGGCAUAUAUGUAUGUUUGGGGGGGUGUUGUUGCUUAAGCCUGGAGCUGAGGACCGGUGGGGGGAAAGGGGGGAGAAAGUCUCCCCCCAUGCUCUUGUCUCCCAUUGGAGAUACUGUCCGCCUUCUCGCUGGGGGGAAGCAGCUCAGCCCCUUUCUCCAUCCCCACCCCCUCCAGGUCAGGAGACAGAAAGGCCAUUGUAGACUUGGAGAGAGCCGUGGGGGCAGGCCCAGGCCCAGGCCCCAACUGUUUCUGGCAAAGGGACAGCAUGGGCAGCUGGGCCCCAACUGGUUCAUCUUCUUUUCCUGGCUAUACCCGAGGAGAUUGCUUUGGCCUGUCUGACCGUACUGCCUCCCCCCCCCCCCCCCCCAACUCCCACUUCCCUGAUGCUGGCCCAGAGUGCUCUACCAGAACUGGACUGAAGCCUUUGGAGGCUUGGUCUUCAGGGCAGCGGCCUGAGAGAGUGGGCCCGAGAAACUAGAGGGGCUCUCCUCUGAAGGCCCCCCACUCUUGGGAUCACAGGGGUCUCUCACCUUCUCUUUCCAACUGCACAUGCUCACCUUUUGUGAUUCAGAAAUUGUUACAGUUCGGAGAAAUCUCAGGCUACAAGCUGUAGGCAAAUGAGGUAAAUUACAGAUACCCCAGCUCUGUUGAAGCUUCAUUCUCUAGAAUCAAAACCUCAGAGGUGGAAGGGACCUUGGAAUUAAGUUAUUACCUUUAUUUCUGGGCUAUCAACUUUCUUUCCCUGGUCACCGAUCUUCUAUAUAUGUGCAUAUAUGUUUUCUACAUAUGUACAUAUAUGUGUGUGUGUGUGUUUUACCCUAUUAGAUUAUGAGUCCAAAGACAGAGGCUUUUUCACCUUUAUAUUUGCAUUUCACCAGACACAUAGCAAACCCUCGGUAAAUGCUCUGAAGUCAGACCAAUCAGCACUUGAAUAGGUAAAUUUCCUAUUCACCAAGGGAACACAAAGGCUGUUAGACUUCCCUUGCAGACCUCAGGUGACAGACAACUCCUUACCUACUGAGGCAUCAUUAUCUAUCUGUUGGGGAGGGGCAUAGUUGUGAUUUCUGGGCAGGUUUUCCUGCAAUGUUUUGUCCAAAUACCUUGCAUGCUGCCUCGUACUUCCAUUUAUUACUUCCAGGCAUCUUCCCUGGGGGGUGUGCUGAUAAUGUUUAACAAAUGGCUCUCCAGAAAAUGUAUUCAACCCAUCAAGUUUAAUCUGAAUUAUUACCAUUUUCUCCACUAUCUUAAAUUUAGACAAUCAAUAAAACAAUAAAUCCAGCUCUGAUUGUAGUUGAUUUCUAAAGUAUAAAUGCUCUCAAUGAAAAUUUGAAAUCAACUUGUUUGAAACAUUUCCUGCAUAACACACCUGACUUAUUGGUCAUCUUAUUCCUUGCCUUGAUCUUACACUCUAUGGAUUAGAAACCAGAAAAUGCCCCAGGAAUCCUAAUCAAUUCAGUUUGGGCUGGACUGGGCUGAUAGGAAAAAGCAGACUCAGGUGGGGCCGCUCUAUCUGCCUGGCCCGGGCCUGGCCCACCAGACAGGCUUUUAGCCACUAUGAACCAACUGUGUCCUUUCCCCUGCCGACACCUGUGCCUGCCCCCCACCCUCUCCUUUUUGCUCUGGGAACUGUAAUUAAGUCUAUACAAUCAUUGCUUCUGGGAAAGGGCAUAUCAAUCAACUUUCCUAAGGCUCCACUAAGUGAGUUGCCAGACCCAAACACCCUCUCUUGGCCACUCCUCCUCCAUAUAUUUUGUCUCAUCCUAUUAAUGUCAACCCAAUGACAGAAACUUUCUCACUUUUAUGUUUGUCUCUUUCUGGGCACAUAGUAAGCCCUCAAUAAAUGCUUUUCCUUCAUGGCUUCCAAUGCAA